AUGGUUGGUCUGAAUAACCAGUGCCUGUUCCCGCAAAGAUUUCCAAAUGAUCCUAUCUUCACUCAGCUUCAGAAGCUUAGUCACACAUUUUCUGGAGUGAUAAUUCAUGACGACUAUGGCAUCGAUACAGACUACAGAACUCUUGUUGCGGAUGUAACAUAUCUGAGAGCGCUUUUGAGGGAGAAGGUUCCACGCGACUGGCUCGACAACAGAGGCUUCCUCAAGAGCAAUGCGGGCUCCAUAGGAAUCAUGACAGCCAGCUGUCACCAUCUCGUAGUGGGCUUCCUUGCUACUGCUGCACUUGGGGGAAAGUUUGUACCACUACCAAUUAAUCCAAAGCAGGAGAAUUUUGUCUAUAUGAUUGACAAAGCCAAUGUCAGAGUCAUCUUAAUCGACAGCAGUGUGCCGGAAGAGCCGUCGGACAUUCAAGAACUGCUUGGUAAUGGAAAUGGGCCAGUUCAGAUGCUCUCCAUUGAGCGAUCAAACCCAAACAUGUAUUCAGACAUGGAGAUAGACGAAGAUACCACCAUUGCUGCAAAAGAGACCGCCCUGAUAUUGUUUACCUCCGGCUCGACUGGACGCCCCAAAGCCGCCGCUAUUCCGCGGUCACGGCUAUAUUUCAAAAUCCGCAUGGAUCCCGACGAGCUCUAUCUCAUGUAUCGACCACUGCACUGGGUAGGAACCGUGUUACCGCCCAUAGGCCUUGUCUUGCAGGGAGGAAGAGCUCGAUCCCUCAAAUCAGGCGCUUAUGCCGCGGAAAUUUGGAAAGUUCUGAAAGAAGGAACUAUAACAGGGAUGUUUAUCUCUCCUGUCUAUGCAAAGACGCUGCAAGAGCACUAUGAGGCCAAUAUUCGUCAUUUGUCGGCUGAGGAACAUGAUCACUAUGUUCACGGAGCUUCUAAUUUGCGGAGGGUAAUCACAAGUGGCUCUGUGAUGGAUCCCUCUGCAGUUGAAUUUUGGAAAAGCCUCACCAAUAUGCCGCUUGUCGCACGAUAUGCUUCGACUGAGACUGGAGUCUCUGUUUUUGCUACCUCUCCAGGUGAUCCAUGGGUGGAUAGAUGCCUCGGGGAGCUUGUAAACAAGGCUUCCAUCAAACUGUCUGACGGGGAUGAAGGUCAUCUUUCUGUCAAGAUGCCGGGAAUGUUCACACACUACGUCGGCGACGAAGAAGCAACAAAAGCUGCUUUUGAUGAAGAAGGAUUUUUCCGAACGGGGGAUAUAGUUCGUCGAGUAGGAAACAAAUACUUCUUUCAGGGUCGAGCCUCAUCCGACUGGAUUCGAUAUUCGCUUUACAAAGUCACGGUAUCAGAAGUCGAGAAAGAACUCAAAGCCCUGCCCUACAUAUCCGAGGCCUAUGUACUUCCGAUUAUGGACUAUGAGGUGAGAGAGUUAGUCGGGGCAAUCGUUCGUCUUCGGGGUAGCAGCAACUACCCAGGACAGGAAAGUGGACAUCGGAACCCCGACAUCAACCUUUGCAAGAUCCGUCAGGACCUUUCCUCCAAGUUGGAGAUUUACAAGUUGCCCACAAUUCUACGAAUCCUACGGGAGGGUGAAGAGGUUCCACUCUCUGUUUCGUCGAAAGUUUUGAAACCUAAACUACGUGAGAUGUACUUCAGGCUAUCGGGUUACCGGCCUAAGAAUUACUCGGAACCGGGUGUGGAGUUUUGGGAGAAAGGUGUCGAUCUGAAAUAUAUUCAUAAUGCGGGUGGCUUUGCGUCGUGUUGA